AUGGCUAAAGCUUCUAACGAUCGGAAGACCCUAUACGACCACACGGGUUCAGAUUUGGUCGAAGCCAUAUCAUUCAAUUACGUCUUUAACACAGCUAUAGGCACAGCCCGCGCUACUGACGUUUUCAACUCAAAUUACUAUAACCCUAUAUGGCUUGAAUACUUGGAUCCGGCCACGCCUCAAUGGCAAUAUGACCUCGAAGUUUGCCGCAGUGCAGAUGAUGAGACAUGUUUGGAAUGCCUCCCUGCGGCCACUGCUACACCAGCCUACCUUUCUAUGAUAACCCCCGGUUACGAUCCACUACGACGUUGA